AGCAUUAUUGCAAGUAUGUGUAUGUUUUACAAAAAUUAUACCGUAUAUUUUAAUAUUUCUUCUUUUUUUUUAGGUGAUACUGUUACUAUUGGAGAUGUGUCAUUUACACUCAAAACUCCAAAGAGCCCAGAACUUGUGCCUCUGAACUACGUGUCAGACAGUGUGACCCAGUCUGUAGUCCAACAUCUAAGAUGGAUAAUGCAAAAAGACCUUUUGGGGCAAGAUGUCUUUCUUAUAGGCCCCCCUGGACCUCUUCGACGCUCUAUUGCUAUGCAGUACCUGGAACUGACCAAACGUGAGGUUGAGUAUAUUGCACUCUCGAGGGACACCACAGAAACUGAUCUCAAACAGCGCAGAGAGAUACGAGCUGGGACUGCUUUUUAUAUUGAUCAGUGUGCAGUCCGUGCAGCGACAGAAGGCAGAAUCCUUGUGUUGGAAGGUUUGGAGAAGGCAGAGCGGAAUGUCCUGCCUGUGUUAAACAAUUUGUUGGAGAACAGAGAAAUGCAGCUUGAAGAUGGGCGCUUCCUUAUGGCUGCAGAACGUUAUGACAAGCUGCUACAGGAACAUACUAAAACUGAGUUAGAUGCAUGGAAGAUUGUUCGCGUAAGUGAAGAUUUUCGAGUGAUAGCACUUGGCCUGCCGGUACCCAGAUAUUCUGGUAACCCAUUGGACCCUCCUCUUCGUUCUAGAUUUCAGGCAAGAGAUGUUUAUCAUCUACCAUUUAAGGACCAUCUUAAGCUAUUAUACUCAAUUGGAUCAAAUGUUUCUACACAGAGAAUCUCUCAGCUCUUGUCUUUUGCUACAACUCUCUGCUCCCAAGAAUCUUCUACACUGGGACUCCCAGAUUUUCCUUUAGAUAGUUUAUCAGCUGCCGUUCAGAUUCUGGAUUCCUUCCCUAUGAUGUCAAUCCAACAUAUAAUCAAAUGGCUUUACCCAUAUGACAUUCUACUAGGAAAGGAAGGCAGGACUGCAGUAGAAAAUGCAUUAAAACGUUUUGAGCUCCAGGAUUCAGAAAGUCCUUUGCUUCCCAGUAGGAUUAUAAAAGUGGAAAGAAUACAUGGAAGCAAGGCUUUACAGGCUGAUGUAACUGUUCAGAUUGCUGAAAAAGAAGUGAAAUUCCAGGUCCCAGCUGGUACUAGACCUUUACAAUUGUGUUCUGAAUCAGACACUUUCAUAAAAACUUCCAGCCAUAAGCAGCUGUUGGCAGAAAUGAUGCAGUCACAUAUGGUUAAGGAUAUGUGCUUGAUAGGUGGAAAAGGCUGUGGCAAAACAGUUGUCGCUAAAGAGUUUGCUGAUAUGUUAGGAUACAACAUAGAGCCUAUUAUGCUGUAUCAGGAUAUGACAGCUCGAGAUUUGGUGCAGCAAAGGUAUACUCUUCCUAAUGGAGACACUGCUUGGAGACCAUCCCCACUUGUUACUGCUGCGUUGGAUGGAAAGCUUGUUAUUCUUGAUGGCAUUCAUCGUGUCAAUGCUGGUACUUUAGCUGUACUACAAAGGCUAAUCCAUGACAGAGAGCUGACUCUUUAUGAUGGCACCAGAUUAUUAAGAGAAGAUAGGUAUCAAACUUUAAAAGAAGAACUGCAGCUGUCAGACAAGGAACUACAACAGAGGUCCAUCUUUCCUAUCCAUUCCUCAUUCAGAAUAGUUGCCUUGGCAGAACCUCCUGUCAUAGGAAGCAGCACAAAACAGUGGUUGGGCCCAGAGUUUCUAACUCUGUUUAUGUUCCAUAAUGUUAAGUCCUUAACCAGGAAUGAAGAAAUUCAAGUUAUUAAAGAAAUGAUUCCAGAUGUUCCCAAGGUUGCGGUAGAACAGUUGUUGUCAUUAACACACAAGCUUCGAGAGACAAAUGACCCCACAGCACAGUCACUGGCAUCAUCUUUGUCCACACGACAGCUAUUACGAAUUUGCCGUCGCCUAUCACAGUAUCCAAAUGAAAAUCUCUACCAUGCUGUCAAUAAAGCCUGUCUUUCCAGGUUUUUGCCAAACCUUGCAAGAUCAGCUUUACAUAAGAAUCUGCUGGAUUCUGGGAUUGAGAUAAACCUGGAUGAUAUUAGGAAACAAGAGGAGAAGGAUUAUAGUUGUGAAAUACAUAAUGGGUUACUGAGAAUUGGAUCUGCCACCAUGCCUGUUUAUAAUCCCAGUGAGAAAAUGAAAGUGCCUGAUGUUCUGUUUUAUGAGAACACCCAGCAUAUGAUGGUGAUGGAGGAUAUGCUAAAAGACUUUUUGCUGGGAGAACACCUUCUUUUAGUUGGCAACCAGGGUGUGGGAAAAAACAAGAUUGUUGACCAAUUCCUUCACCUGUUAAAUAGACCUAGAGAAUAUUUACAGCUGCAUAGAGAUACCACUGUACAGAGCCUUACUUUGCAGCCUUCGGUUAAAGAUGGACGUAUUACAUAUGAAGACUCACCACUGGUGAAAGCAGUCAAGUUGGGGCAUAUUCUGGUUAUCGAUGAGGCAGACAAAGCACCUACAAAUGUUACCUGUAUUUUAAAAACUCUUGUGGAAAGUGGAGAAAUGGUUCUGUCAGAUGGAAGGCGCCUUAUUGCCAAUCCUGCUAAUAUAGAUGGAAGAGAAAAUAUAAUAGUAAUUCAUCCUGAUUUUAGAAUGAUAGUACUAGCAAAUAGACCUGGAUUUCCGUUUUUGGGUAAUGAUUUUUUUGGCACACUAGGGGAUAUUUUUAGCUGCCAUGCAGUUGAUAAUCCCAAACCGCAGUCUGAACUGGCUAUGCUUAGACAGUAUGGACCGGAUGUUCCUGAGCCAAUCCUUCAGAAACUGGUAGCUGCUUUUGGAGAACUGAGAAGCUUGGCUGACCAAGGAAUUAUUAACUAUCCUUAUUCAACCAGAGAGGUUGUAAAUAUAGUAAAACAUUUACAGAAAUUUCCAACUGAAGGACUUGCAAAUGUGGUUCGAAAUGUGUUCGACUUUGACUCCUACAAUAAUGAAAUGCGUGAUACUUUAAUCAGCACUUUGCACAAACAUGGGAUACCUAUUGGAGCAAAGCCCACCAGUAUACAGCUGGCCAAGGAACUACCAUUACCAGACCAUACAUUUAUGGGCUACUGGAGAAUCAAUCAAUCAGGGAAUGCAAAGCCAAAACUACUGUGUCCAACGGAAACUCAUCAGUUAAAUAUAAAGGGUCCAGUAUAUUUAAAUAUUCAGGGAUUUCCACUGGAACGUUAUGAAGCAAGGUCCCUCAGUUUCACAGAAGAACUUGCUUUUUGGACACUGCCUUUGAAUGAGGUUAACUUGGUCUGCGAUGUUGCUGUAGCAGAAGAUGAGACUGAAAACAUACUUUAUGUGGCUACAUGCAAUCCAGUUUCCUUAUAUUUCAUGAAUGUAUCUAGUAAAAAGGGAUACUUUGUGGAUUGUUAUGACAUUUUCCCAAGAACAGUUGGAAGUAUAUGGCAGCCCUUUGUGACUGUGGCACCUCUGGGAAAUCCACUGAAAGGGCAAGUGAUUCUACAUGAAGAGCAGAGUAAUGAUGUCUUGUUGCUCGAUACGAACACUGGUGCCAUUCAUCGACUUUUACUCUCGCCAGAUUCCCAAGAGGUUCCAAAGCGAGCAUCCUGGUGGGGCAACAAGGAGGAGCCGAUCAGUCACAAAAUGUGCAGAGAGUUUUCACAUAAAAACUGGCUUGUGUUCUACAAAGAAGGAGGAAACCACCUUAUUGUUCUAGAUGUACUAGAGGGUCAAACUCAUACUAUCUCCCUACCUAUCAAUAUCAAAUCAGUUUUCUUAGUGGCUGAAGACCGUUGGCUCUUGGUUGAAAGCAAACUAAAUCAGAAAUUUCUUUUAACCAAGCCAGCACAUAUGGUAUCUGAAGAGAGUGGAGUUUGCCAACUGCAUGCAUUGAAUGAAGACCCCGUUGAGAAAGGUUUUGGUUUAACAACAGCUUCAGAUUUGUGUGCGCCACACACAGUUUCAAGUGACCAACUAUCUUCAGAAAACCUAAGUGUAGCUGUGGGACAGAAGAUCAGCUCUCCCAACAGGAUUCUUUCGGAUGUACAUAAUUAUGCUACUAUUGUUGUUGGCUUCCCAGAACUUAUGUCUCCUAAUGAAGUGUACAGCUGGAAGAGAGAGACUUCACUGGGGAGCAGGCAUGCCUCUCCUUCUGAUCCAUUUUACUAUGGAAGGCGCAGUCAAACCGGAGUUGGAAAAAAAAUCAAUUGUGUGACUUUAUUAGCUUCUAAUCAGAUAGUCAGAAUUUUAGCACCUGGAGACAUACCUUUGAAAGAACUUUAUCCAAAAGAUAUCACUCCUCCAGAAACAGCUGGAUAUCUGGAAGUAACGGAUCUUAACUCAAAGAAACUGAAAUACAUCCCUAUUUCCAAAUCAGUGUCUCUCUCUCCAUAUACAUCCUGGCUGUCAAAGAUCUCAGACACGGAUGUUCUCCUGGCACCAUUGGGCAAAGUGGGUUUGGUUACAGUGGAUAUGGGAGGCAGUGUCAGGCUUUGGGAGACAGGACUUGACAGCCUACAGCGCUCUCUGCAGGACUGGAAAAACAUGAUUGGACAAGAAGAUGGUAGACCCAUGCAGAUAACCAUUGAGAGAGACAGUGGUUUGGAUGUGAGCACCCCUAAGCAUGGAAAGGUAGAUUUAGACAACAUGCCCCAUGUUGGUGGAAACACAUGGGCUGGUGGAACAGGUGGGAGAGACACGGCAGGGCUGGGCGGCAAAGGUGGGCCCUAUAGACUGGAUGCUGGCCACAAAGUUUACCAGAUAUCUCAGGCUGAGAAAGAUGCUGUUCCUGAGGAGGUGAAGAGAGCUGCAAGGGAGAUGGGUGAAAAGGCCUUUAAACAGAGAUUAAAGGAGAUCAAGAUGAGUGAAUAUGAUGCAUCUACUUAUGAAAGAUUCUCUGGAGCUGUCCGAAGACAAGUUCAGUCUCUACGAAUUAUCCUAGAUAAUCUGCAGGCCAAAGGUAAGGAAAGACAGUGGCUGAGACACCAAGCUAUUGGAGAGCUAGAUGAUGCAAAAAUAAUUGAUGGGCUAACAGGAGAAAAAGCCAUUUAUAAACGAAGGGGAGAACUUGAGCCAGAACUUGGGAGCCCACAGCAGAAGCCUAAGCGUUUGCGCUUGGUAGUGGAUGUUUCUGGCAGCAUGUACCGGUUUAACGGGGUAGACAGUCGACUGGAGCGCUCCAUGGAGGCUGUCUGCAUGGUCAUGGAAGCUUUUGAGAAUUACGAGCACAAGUUUAAGUACGAUAUCGUUGGACAUUCAGGAGAUGGCUUCAACAUUGCAUUGGUUCGGAGUGACAAAGUUCCCAAGAACAAUAAGCAAAGAUUAGAGAUUCUUAAGAUCAUGCAUGCCCAUGCUCAAUUCUGUAUGAGUGGAGACCAUACUCUGGAAGGGACGGAGCAUGCGGUUCGUGAAAUUGCCAAAGAAGAGGCUGAUGAAUACUUUGUCAUAGUCUUAAGUGAUGCAAACCUUGAGCGAUAUGGUAUCCCACCAGCAAGAUUUGCCCAGACCUUGACCGUUGACCCUCAAGUUAAUGCUUUUGCCAUAUUCAUAGGAUCCUUAGGAGACCAGGCAGACAGGCUGCAGAGGAUGCUACCAGCAGGCCGGUCUUUUAUUGCCAUGGAUACCAAGCAGAUCCCCCAGAUCUUGCAGCAGAUCUUUACAUCCACCAUGUUGUCCAGUGUCUAAGAAGUUCCUGUUACUAUUAAUGAUUGGCUAUAGUAACAAGUAUGGUUCUGAAACAAGCUGCCUGGUGAAAGACAAAAUCAGCUCUUGUUGAAGAAAAGAACUAAAAAAAGUGAUAAAUAUAAUUUUCAUAUUGAAAUAUUACAGUCCUUAAAUCAAAACACCAAAAACAAUGCUGUAGCUUAGAUUUUGGAAGAAAUCUUACAGUAUAGCAAUCAAGUGAUUUAAAAUUCUGUGUUCAAAGGAAUCGGGGUUACAGUGGGGUUAAUGUAGAGCACAGGACAUCUGUGUCAAAGGAACAGAUACCAGACCAUUUGUGACCAUUCUAACUGAUGUAUUGUCAGUAGAUCUUUAGGACAGCAUCAUUUUCCUGUUUUAUUAGCAGUGUUUCCGGAGGUUGAAUACCAAGUUAUUCUGCAAUGUGCAAGUCAGACCCAGUUAAUCUGCCUCACUGUUAUUUGUGCUGUGAUUAGAAUUAGAAAUGCAAGUAAUGUCACAUUCAAACAAUACCGCACACCAAAAAGGAAGGCCUGCCUUCCUUUUUUAAUUCCCUUCUUGUCCUGAUCUACAUCCAACUUUUGCAAUUGGUUGUCAGGAACAACAGAAUAGUUUGGAAGCACAGAACAUUGCAAUGCAAACAUAAAUUAUUGGAUCUGGCGCACAGCUCAGAAUAAAGCUGAAAGAAGUUAUUUUUUUCCUGGAAAGACAGUGCUGAAAAGGGUCACAGUGGUCUAAGGGCUGGUUUAUACUACUACAGAAAGUCAGCCUAAGUUAUGGUACUUUAGUUACGUGAAUAACUUAGGUUGACUUAGUACGAUGUCUGCACUGUGCUGUGUCAAUGGGACACAUUCUCUCACUUAACUUCUCUUAAUAUUCUCAGGAGGUGGAGUACACAUACCAGUGGGAGAACUUGACCAUCGAUUUAUCAUGUCUUCAACAGACCCACUAAAUUGACACCUACUGCAUCAAACAUAGCAGUGCAGAUCAGUCGAUAUGGCCUAAGACCCACAAAUGAACAUUUCCAAAAGCCAUGAUCCUCCCAUUGCACGAUAAGAGAUGGUGUCUAGUUUCUCUGUUACCAAGAAUCCUAGGAAAGGUCUCUUCCCCCAAAGGCUGGAUGUGCUCAUAGGUUUUUUUACUUUUUGCUCUUUCUGGUUUGGUUUCUAAAAUGUGAAGCUGGAAAGCAGAUCUGUGUAUCAGGAAAAAAAACUUUUUAAUGGGGAAGAAUAAAAGGAAAAAAGGAAAAAUAGAACAAAAAAGAGUAAAAGUAUGCUUUGGGAUUUUUUUUGAGGAAAUCUGUGAUUGGGGGUUUUCUUUUAAUGCAGCACACUCUCACUCUGUGCAUCUUUUCUAUUGUAAGUAUUUUUUGUUCCUCUCCACAUUCUCAAACUGGAACUCUUGGUUUGGAAUGAAAUUGGUUGAUGUUCGUAUUGCACUCUGAAGAUGAAAAUCCCUAGAUAUAGGCUAACUAAUAGUACUUUUGCAAUCACUGUGCUUCAAGAACACCAGAAUACUUAAGCAAUUGAAUUCAUCAUCCUACCACAAGUAACUGUUAACUCUCAUCGCCACCAGUAAAAUGACUGUUGCUCCAUAGUUGAUUGUUAUAAAGAGAUCAAAGAUGCAAGAAAGGCACUGUCUCCAGUCAUCCUUAAAAGUUAUGAUAAUUCACUGCAAAAAUGGGUUUCCUAAUUCCUACCAGAUUUCUAACUGCAUUAAAGAUGCUUUGUGGGAGGGAUGAAGGACAAGAUGGAGAGAGAGCAUCUGUGUGUUCCUUCAUUUGUACAUAACAAUCGCUGUUUUUAAAUGUACCAUAAUGCAUUUUUGCUAGUCUUGCCAUUUUCCACCAUAUCGAUCUCACAGCAGCAUUAUGGACCCAGUCUGUAAGAUGGUGAAUAUCUUCAACUUUCCUUCAAGUACAAAGGCAAGCAAGAGUGCUCAGCUUCUCAAAGAGUGAGGCGGUCCGGGCUCAAUGCACAAAAGGAACUAAGCCUCUAAGUCCUAAUUGUGACUCCACUGCAAAGCACCAAAUUCCUGCCUAACCCUGCAGAAUCUGAAACUCACUCAGCACCUAACGUGUCAGGGCAAAAGUUCCCUAGGCACCUAUGUUUCGGUCUCUGGGCAUGCAGUCAAAUACUGAUUUCCUGCCUAAGCCCCAGAGCAAGUCACAAGAUAGGGAUUUGACCAUCUAAAUUGUGUGUGGGACCCACUACUGUAGGAGUGCUCAGAGGUCUUGUUUUAGUUGUUUCACUCUGGGUAAUUAAUACAUGAUGGAGCAGGGGGCCUGGAUUUGAGGUUUGCCACUUCGCAGGUGAGUAUUCUUACCCCUGGUUGACAGAGUCAUGCUCCCUCUGGCUCAGCGAGAGAGCUUUAAAAUAGUGAAGUCUGUUUCUAAUUUGCGGCUUUAUGAAUAUCUGUACUUCUGUAUCAUUGAUAUUAGUGUGUGAUAAUUACAGUGUGCAGUCUAUUACAAACAAUCUCAAAUUCUGACUUACCACCAUAGCAAUAAUCCUGGCACCAGGAUUGAGAAAUAAUUGUUCAAACUAAACUCUGUAGAUAAAUCUAAUUCAAAAUGAAUUUAAAAACUGAGCAAUCCAAGCAACACCCUGCUGGCUGUGAAGGAAAAACAUUUUUCCAGCAUUUGUUAGUGGUGCAAUGAGGACAGUGAUGACAGCAACUACAUAAAUAAAUAUAUGAAAACAAAUAUGAUUAUAUAAGCAUCUUAGUCCUAUAAUGUCCCUAGCCUCUAUUUGCUAGAACCUGGGAAUGGUUGAUAGGGAAUGGAUCACUUGAUGUUGUUCUGUUCACUCCUCCAGGGGCAUCUGGCAUUGGCCACUGUCGGAAGACAGGGUACUGGGCUAGAUGGACCUUUGAUCUGACCAAGCAUGGCUGUUCCUAUGUUCUCAAAACUCUGAUUGUAUCUGCUUUAUUGUUAAAGAUUCUUACAGUUAGGAAAAUACUUUUCCCUUUUAAAAUACAGUAACAAGAUUUUAUUGUACUUACUGUAGACCACUUGAUUGUACAGAUCCGUGGUGUAACUCCAUUUACUUCAGUGACCCGAUUAACUUUAUAAUAAAGAUUAAUGAUAUAUCUUUUGGGGACACAGUAAAGUUUAGAUUAAAUUUUGAACUAACAUUUUAAAAAGAAAACAUAAGGGUAAAUAUAUUUACAAAAAGUAUGUAUCAUAUCACCACAGAUUACUAAAAAUGUUUACAAAUUAGCGUAUUUGAUAUUUAUGAUAUUUAUUUAAUUAUGUACAGUUUUCUCAUCUGGAACAAUGAAAUAAGUUGUUUUAUUUUGUUUCCAGCCUGCGUCUAUUCAAUUUUGCUUUCAGGUUCCAUGUAUUAACAGCAUGCUACAUCAGUUGCAACCCAAAUACUUCAAGGGAAUGUUCUUAAAGUAUUUUCUAAUGGUAUUUCAGACCCCCACGCCCUCCAAAAACCCAUGAAAUUAUUUCAGUUAGUUCUUCAUUUCUGGGAUAUAUUUGACCUAACAGCAUUCCUUUACAUUGUUACAAUGUGAAGAGAAAUUCCAUCCUGACUCCCUUUAACUCACCUGCUUUAAUAUCCAUCACUCUGGCAUUGAGAAAUCAGAAUAGCAGCUGUUUUUCCCUCCCUCCCUCUAGAAUUUACAAACAUGUUUUCUGUUGCUCAGCUACUCAAUAGAAGAGGUUAGCAAAAUCACACUGGUCUUUGUGUCUUUAGAUCAUGACAGAGCUUUAAUUUAAUUAAAAUGAUAUGAGAAACGUUGGUUAGCUGUUCACUUCAGCACUGCCUGUUUAGCUUCUGCAUUUAUUAAUAUUCCAGAGUCCACCAAAGCAUAUGUAUCGAUUCCCUUAAAUUGCUAUUUGAUUCAAUAAGACCUGUCAUAUCUUAAAAGGACAUAAGAUUCUCAUUUUCUCACUGUUUAUUAUUAUACCAUCUUAGAAGUUUGAAACAAAUAUAUUUUUUUACUGAACUGUCAUUGCUUUGUUGCAUGGGUAUUGCUUGUUAUUGUAGGGUUCUGAUUUACUCCCAACUAAUGUAACAUUAGCAUCUAUGCUUAAGUAAUCCUAACUACCUCUAAUGAUUCCAGUUUUUUAAUUGGUUUCCAUUAAAAUCAUUAAAUGGUUGCGUGUCUAAAGUGUAAUCAUACUGACUAUUUGUUGUGUUUCAUUUCAAGCAGCAUGAGGCAGUUUAAUGUGUUUAUUACCAUCAGGAUUAUGAUGCAUAUUUCAGCAAAUGGUAUAUAGAGAACAGAGAAUGUAUUCCGUUAGACUGUGAAAUGCAUUAGACAAGCACAUUUAAAAACUUAUAAGCAGCCUUAUAUUGUUACUUGUAAAAUGUCCUGUACUAAUAUAAAGUAAAGUCUGAAAAGAUUAAGACCAGGUUGUUAAUCCUUGACACUAAUUCCAGCAGUGUUGUUGUAGCCAUGUUGGUUGCAGCAUAUUACUAAGACAAGGUAAGUGAAGUAAUAUCUUUUAUUGGACCAACAUUGGUUGGUGAGAGCAACAAGCUUUUCUUCAGCUCUGUGCAGUCUUGAAAGCUUGUCUUGCUCACCAACCAAAGUUCAUCCAGUAAAAGAGACCCCACACACCUUGUCUGUGACCCCAGUCCAUCAUUCAGUUAUGUACUUUGAAGUUUAAGUAGCUACAGUCAAUCAUAUCUAGCUUAAUUUCUUUUGCAGACAUGUAGAAACCAUUAUGUAUAUAAUGUUAUAGCUCAGUCUUCAUUUGUAAAGUUUCAAUACAUUUUUAAAUUUAAUACACUGAUAUAAGAAAAAAUAGAAAGACAGGAACAUGAAUUGGAGAAUGGCUCCUGUCUUCAAGACUGGGAUCUUACCCACGAGUUAGGCUACUGUGUAUAUCUGUAAAAUAAACUUCACUGGUGCUGUCAGGUUGGGGACAAAUCUGAGCACUAAAGAUCGUAUUUUUUUAUGCAGAGACUAUGCUCUUUAAAGUCAUGUAUCAAAACUGCUUGAACAGUUGUGUUACAUGUGU